AUGGCACAGGAAGAAGUAGUCAAUGUGAGAGUGGACCCGCUGGGGGAUGAUGAUGGGGAGGAGUUAGCAGUGCAAUACAGGACGGAGGCACGGAUGGUGGGGGCGGGGGUGGUUGAGCCGCCGAAAGGCGGAGACCUCGGCCGGGCGGAAUUGGAGGCGAGGAGAAAAGCUCAGGAGAUAAAGGAUCGGGCCAUUCUGGCCAAGGCCGCGAAGUUCACGGAGGCGCAGAGGGACCGUCCGCGUCAACCGAUCGCGCGGGAGAGAAUCCGACCGCGCCCAAGGCCGUUGGGUGAAAAAGACUUAAGCAGUUUUGAGCCGCGGCCGCCGCCUGUAGACCCUGUAAAGGAAAAGGCUAGAAAGGUGGUGGAGGCUCUAAAAAAGAAGAAGAAGAAGAGGAGUGCCCCAGAGGAAGCAGCAGAUGCGUCUGGGGCCAAGAGGGCUAAGGUGGCCCCAACUGAGGUGGACGUCCCCGUGGCCAAGGACACCCCAGAGGUGGUGGAGAUCAUCCCAACGGUGGAGGUUGUGGAGAUUGCUCCAUCAGUGCAAGUAGAGGCUGGGUCGACUGAGGCAGUGCCGAGCGGAAUGGAACAGGUCCAGAAGAGGCCUGACCCCCAGGAAGGAGGGGUUCGUCUGGCUACGGCGAUCUAUCAUGCGCGCGCGGUAGCUGGAAGGUUGGAGGGAGAAGAAGACCCAGCCAGGGCGGGGGCAGACCGCCUGGUGAAGAUUGUGGAAGAGAUGGCUCUGCGCGCGAUAUCAGGGUAUAACGAGGCCGACCUGCUGAGGGGGUUAUGCUCCGCCCAAAUGGAGGUAACUACCUUGGCAGGGGCCCUCCUUAGGAAGGCGGGGGCUGCCAAGUUGAAGGCUGAGGAGGCCAGGGUCCAGUUGGCCAAAUUGAGGAAGGACAGUGCCGACUGGAAGACUGCCUAUGCCGAUCUGCCAGCAGUCAAGUUGGAGCUCGAGGACACACGCCGUAAGGUCGUGUCGCUCGAGUUCCAACUGGCUGGUGAACAGAAAAAGUUAGAAGAGUCUGAGAGGGCCUGCGCCGUGGCAGUCGAGCGGCAUGAAGAGGCCAUGACCAGCAAUGAAGAGCUGGUCAGGAAAAAGGAUGAAGCGGAUUCCAGAAUUGGAGAUUUGUUGAAGGAGUUGGGGGAGGAGCGCGCCAGAGCAGAGGAGGAGAAGGGGAGGCUUCUGAGGGCGUGGGAGAUGGAGAAGGCGAAGGCGGUGGCGGAGCUGGAGAGUCUGAAGAAGGGGGUGGAGGAGGAGAGGGCCACGGCGGCGGCUGAAAGGGGGGCCCUACAAAGAGAGCUGGGCGAGGAGAGGGCGAAGGCGGCGUCUGAAAAGGCGGCCUACCCUGAUCUGUGCGUCGCAGCAGUGGAGCAAUAUAAGGGGUCCUCCGAAUUUCAGAUGGUGGUGGACGCCGCUGUCGCCAGGAGUCUAGCUGGUCAAGAGUUGGGGGGGUGGGCCCAUCAAGGAAGACUGUUGGAGGUAGGACAGAGACAGAGGUGA